AUGUUACUGAUUUCUCUUAUAUGUGCUGAAGUUAUCGAAAUGAAAUUGAUAACAGGCAGAAAGAGAUCUAAAGUAUGCUCUAGAUAUAACUCAGAUUUCUAUGCAAAGUGGGGUCAAAAGAACUUUGAUUAUUUCCCUUUUGGUUAUCCUCCGAAAGAUCAAUGUUCCAUCCCAAAAUACAACAAAACUGAAGAUGACAAAAAAGGUAUUAAAACUUAUAACUUCGUUCGCUGGAUUACCGGGCUUAAUGAUAAUAUUUUUAUCAAUGAUACGUUCCAUGAUACGCAAUGCGCUUGCGCAUUAUACUGCUAUUACAAUGGUCUUAAUCACCAUCCAUCUGAAUCUAAGAACUGCUACUCCACAAACGCUUCAAUUGGAUGCGGUACUUCAAACUUAGCAGGUGGAUAUGCAUCUUCAGCAGCUGCGAUAUUAGGAUAUUAUUACGAUUAUGGUGAUACAAAUCCUGGCCAUAGAUUAUGGCUUCUCAGUAGAUCAAUGAAGCAAACAUCUUUCUGUGGCGUUGGUGGUGCCAGUGCACUUAAAACAUUCGGAAUGGCAACAUUAGAUAAACCGCAUGAAAUUGAUUUUGUAGCUUCUCCUCCUCCAGGUCCAGUUCCACCAGAACUUAUUCCUGCAGAUAACGGUGUAAUGUGGACAUUCUGGGGUAGAAACAUGUCAACUACACUCCCUAAGGUUACAGUUAAACAAAACGGAACUGCCGUUCCAAUUGUUACAGCACCUUACUUUGGUGAGUGGGGUGAAAGAUUUGUCGGAUUCCGUCCAAAUAUUACAGCCAAAAUUAACACGAAAUUCGAUGUAGAAAUUGCUUUUGAACAAUUUAUCUACAAAUAUUCAAUUUAUAUUACUAAUUGCAGUGUUGAUAUGUCUGAUUAUGAGUACGAUCAGAUGAUGGGUCGUAAAUCAUAUGGUAUCACGUGGCAACAAAUUGUUACUUAUUGCAUCCUCGCAAUAACAAUUGUUGUUUUGAUUUUGGGCAUUGUCUGCGCCUGCAUCAAGGGUCAGAUCAUCUGUGUUGCUUCAUCAGUACAAUACAAGACGGAAUCGAACUCAUCAACGCGUUCUACAACUAAAACUACAAUUAUUGAAACUAAAUACGAAGUUCCUCCUGAGCCAAAGCCACAAAUCUACAGUGUUACUACAAAGACAACUAUAAAAACUACAACAAAGACCACAGCUCCCUCUAAUAAACCAAAUUCAGUGAAAGCUCUCGCAAAUAAAUUCAACAACAAAUAA